AUGAAGAUCUAGAUUAGACGAUUAGUAGAUAGAUCUGGACUCUAACUCUAGAUCUAUAUUAAAUAUUAAUAUGAUAGAUCUAUCUAAUAGGCUAUUUAUUUUAGGUGUGUGAUGCAUAGAGACUAAACUAGAGAUCUAAAGCAAGAGCCUGAAGAGUUCUUAAGUCUUCGCAAUGGUAGUGAAAAAGAAAAUAUCCAAGUGAGUGAGGUAGUCUGAAAGCAAUGGGUUGCCUGAAGCAGUUCUUUCAAUUUCCUUUUUGGGUCUUAAUUUUCAACUUCUUGUUUGUCUUGCAAGCUGGAGUUCCACGCAUAAGGAAGGAAAACCACUGUCAUCACACAGUUGGUCGACUUCAAGACGAUGUGUUUUAUAACGUCCAAUUGGACUCAGAACAUGUGAUAAGGAAACGUGAUGCUGACCAACCCCUCCGUAUUCACUUACACUUUGAUGACAGUAUAUCUGAGUUGAGUUUGGAAAGGCAGAUGGUCGUUAAAGCUCAUGUACAGGAAGCAGCACAUUUUUGGGAGUCAGCCCUCAAUGUUCGUCGCUCUGCAACACCCAUCAGACUUCGCCGAACAUGCAUGUAUGGUGUUAGAUACAAUAAAAAUUCAACCUAUUGUUUGCAAAGCUGUAAGGAAAUAACUCUGUGUGGUGCUGUCAGGGUUCCCGAAAAACAUCUGGAUGUGUGUAGGUAUUGGGAUCGAAACUUACAAACCUACAUAGAUGAUGUGUCCUCAUCACCUGGGAUUGAUGCAGAUUUCAUCCUGUACGUUGCCAGCAAGCAUUCAGAAAGGUGUCAACAAAAGGAGACCAUAGCCUUUGCAGCUCAUUGUCAGCAAGAGGCAGCUCUUGAUAGGCCUGUGGCUGGCUAUUGUAACAUAUGUCCCAGCAUUAUUUUAGCCUCUGUCUACAAUACUAAGCAACUGCUGACUACCAUCAAGCAUGAGAUUCUCCACGCUCUGGGGUUUACAGCUGGACUUUAUGCAUUUUAUCGCAAUUCACUUGGUGAGCCUCUUACUGAAAGAGAUCCUAUAACUAGACAACCAAGGAACUUCAGUGCUCAAAUGAAUGUUUUCUUAAGCAGUACCAACACAGUGAGAGCAGUUUUCAGACCCAACUGGCAUCAAAUUUCGGGUGUAGCAACCAAGAAAAUUUUCAUGAUGGUCACACCAAAGGUUGUGGAAGAAGUCAGACUUCAUUUCAACUGUUCUUCUCUGGAAGGUGCCGAGCUUGAGGAUCAAGGUGGUGAUGGCACAGCCGUGACCCAUUGGGAAAAGAGAAUUUUCGAGAAUGAAGCCAUGACAGGAACCUACACACACAACUCUAUAUUUUCAAGGAUUACAUUUGCCAUGAUGGAAGAUACAGGUUGGUACAAGGCAGACUAUUCCAAAUCUGGUGAAUACGAAUGGGGUAGGAAUCUUGGCUGUAAUUUUGUUCAGGACAGCUGUUAUGAUUGGAUCAAUGAAAGACUGACUAGAAGGGAGAACAUCCAUCCAUUUUGCAAUCUGGUGAAGAGAGGAGAACUCUGGACUGAUUGCUCGCUGGACAGAAAGUCUGUUGUGAUCUGCAAUCUGGUAGAGUACAAGCAACCUGUCAGUGCUAGAUACCAGUAUUUUCAUUCUCUUCCUGGUAUUCCAACUGACUCUGUUUCAAGAUUUGCUGGCUCUGUAGAACUGGCUGACUUUUGUCCUUUUUUGCAGGAACUGAGCUGGUUGAAUGAAUUGAAUGUUACAGACAGAGGCUCCAACUGUCAGGACUCUAAUAAUAAUAUAAGAGAUGAAACAAAGAACUAUUUUGGAGAGCUCUAUAGCAGCAACAGUCUCUGCUUUGAACAUGCCAGCAAGUGGUAUCUACACCAGUGUGGCUCUAUACGUAGUCCUCAACAUUCUGGAAGUGGCUGUUAUCAGUAUAGCUGUGUGGCUGGCAUUGGACUUGUGAUUCAUGUACACAACACUACCUAUCAGUGUAAAUAUACCAAGCAAGUCAUUAACUUUGUCUUCAAGUCCAGUACAUAUUUACAUCAAGGAAGCUUAGUCUGUCCCAACUGUUCAGACCUUUGUCCAAGCAAAGGUGUGAUCUGUCCUCCAGAAUCUAAUCCAUCAGUCUUUCAUGGCAUUGUAAUAGACCAAAGGUCACUGUGUAACUAUGGCAACAGGACUAGGCAACAUAAAGUCUUUCUAUUGUGGAUGGUACUCUUAUGUCUAACAGUAAUAAUGCAUCAUUUGCUAUUGACUUGAUUACACAUAACGAAUGCUGAGAUCUCCUGUUGUGUCUGGUGGACAGCUGCUGAGUAAGCAAAUUUUUGCUGAAUUCAUCAACAUGUGUAAUUCUAGUUAUUUCAAUAAGUUAUCAUAAUGGUUAUUGAUGUCAGGUGACAAUUUUAUAAUUGUAAUCACACUGUCAUACUACAUAUCACAUUGGGGCUUAUAUCUUGUCAAUAUCGUGUUGACAAAUUGUACUUAAUCAAAUCUGGCCACAUAGUUUUAUUCAAUCUAAAUUAUAUUUUUCAAAGCUUAAUGGGUCUUUUGUUAAAACAGGUAAAAUUUAGUACUUAAAUAUAUUUUAUCUGUUGUUUUUUUCCUGUCAUUUAUGGAUACCUAAUAUUUAAUUGGUUAAUUUAAUUUUUUCAAAAGUAUUACUUUGAAGCAUGUUUAAAAAGAAUCAUAAAUUUGCAUAUCAUUAGAUGAAAAAUAAUAACUCCAGCAUUAUCAGCUGUGUAAUAACUCACAGCUUCAACUCAUUACCACAUAGAAAUUCUUUGUAGCAGCAAAGUUUAGUUCUUUGUGACAAGAUUUGACCCACACACACUACAGUACAUGUUACAUACUUGGCCUUACCAUUGAAAUGUUGAAUUUACUAUUCAUUUAAGAGUUAUUAAAGUGUUGUUCUAUUAAAUAAUGUCCCCAUUGGUGAUGUCACUUGCAUAUAACACUUUUGUUUUUAUUACAUUUUUUGUUGUUUUAAAAACAUGCAUGUUAGUGAACCAAGCAUACACAUGUUAGUGAACCAAACAUACACAUGUUAGUGAACCAAAGAUACACAUGUUAGUGAACCAAGCAUUCACAGUUAGUGAACCAAACAUACACAUGUUAGUGAAUCAAACAUAUUUUUAUAUUUAAGCUGAACAUUAAGAGAUAGGGUUGGGCAAAUGAAAACUUGCAGAUUAUUAUUUUAAGAAACUAAAGUGUAUGAGGAUUGUUUUUAGAAUCUGCUAGCCACCCCUCUUGACCUGCCAAACUUUGAUUAGAUCGUCUUGCAUCUAAGAAAGAGGCUUUUCUGUUAAUUAAUAAGUCAUUGUUUUAUGGUUGUGUCCAUUUUAAGAGAUGGUUUUUCUACAAGCUAUUUCAAUAGAAAAAUAUCAGCAUCAGUCAUCUAAUAACCAUUUCAUGCAGGUUACAAUAGUUCAGUGUUUCCCAAACUUUUGACAUAUGCAUACCCCUUCUAGAAUUUUCUAAACAAUCAGUACCUCUCUCUGCUCCCCCUUCAAAGUAUUUAUUUUAAUAGCACUCAAUUUUCUUUUGUAGGCUUGCAUUCAAAAAAUAAUAAUUACUUCAUCACAAUAAAAUAUUCAAUUAGUGAGUUUAUUUUUUGCAUGCUUCAGAGAUACAUCAAAUACAUUCUGAAAAAAUUAGAAACAGUGUUUACAAAUAAAAGUGGGCAUGGCGACGGAAGUUGUAACAUCCCUAUCCAUUUCCGGAUCUUUGUAGAAGAAAGUAGUCUCCAAAUGUAAAAAUAGCACAGUAUUUGAGUUUGUAAAAGCUUAAAUAAUAAAAAAGGAUUUAAAACUUAUAAUAUUUUAUUCUAAUUUAUAAACUGAAUGGAUAUUUUUUUAAAAAAAUCAGCAUAGUUAACUAUGUGCAAUGCGUACACCCUUCAAGCUCUUCACGUACAUCUGGGGAUACACGUACCCCACUUUGGGAUACACUGCAAUAGUUUGUUGGUGUUUCAAUGUAUUUCUAUGUUGAAGUCAUCACAAUCUUCAAUACUGUUUUGUGCCAAACAAAUAUUUUGCUAUUUAUUUCUAGCUUUGUUAUUCUUUAUUGUAGUCAUUAUGUGACUGAUUUUUGUAUGUGUGACAUCAUAUGUUUAAAUAUAUAUUAUGUUCUAAGAUGUUGGCAGAGCACUUGCUUUCCUUGGAAGGUUGCCUGGUCAUGUGCUGUAUGUAAUAAUUUUCAUUUCUGAAUGAAACUUGUACAACACAUUGCUAAAACAUAGCAGCAACCUGGAGUUGAAAUCUUUGUAGAAAUUAUUUUUUCUUUGAGUUCAGAAAAUGCAAGCAGAAGUGAAUGAGAUCAAUAAAAAAAAAACAAGAGAAAAUGGAACUAUUCGCUGAGCUGGACGCUCAAUAUUCUCAUUUGCUUUGAACCUCAGAAUGUAAUGAAAUGUAGAUAGUAAGAAAGGUUAUUGUUAGAGGUAACUUUUUUUUUUUACAGAAUUUUUUUUUUAAAUUCUUUUUAUAAGUGCCAUAACUAGUAUUUAUAGCCCUUGUGUUCACCAGAUAAAAAAGAGCACUGGACAAUUGUAAUUCAUAUACAUAGAUAGAGCUUUUUUUAUUUUUGUUAAAUUAUUACAUUCUAUCCUAUAUUUGCAAUGUAUCAAAAGUUCACAAUUUUAAACAUUAUUUAUAUCAUGUAGCCUAUAUAUUGUGUGGCUGUUAUUUUGCAUACAACUUGAAGCAUAUAGUUUUAUGCUUAUUUUAUAUUAUAAAGAUAUCAAUGCUUAUAGAAAACUUGGGGUAGUCCACUACUUUUUGUUUCAUCUAGCCAGCUUUUUGAUGCUGAGCUGUUACACCACACUCAAGAUGAUAUUUGAUACUAUGGGCAUUUUUGGCACAUCAGCACAAUUUAGGGCCAUGAAAGUAGUGUGCUGUACUUCUUAGCUGAUCUGCACUUACCAUACAAAGUGUUGGUUAAGCUGGAUGGUUGUGAUAAUAGAGUACAUCUGAGGUGAAUUAAAUUGGGGCAUUCCAAAAGGGUAUCAUUAACAGUUUUUUAAGGCUGGGGACAGUGUAAUAGGCAAAUUUGUACUUACGGUCAUUUAUGUCCCUAUAAUCAUGAAUUAAAAAUAACCAUUUUUCUACUUGGGGCAAUAGUUGUGGGAUGCAUGGUCGAGAGGCUAUGUAUGCUUGAACUUGACCUGGCUUGGCUAUGAAAGGGGCUUGAGGUUUGACACCCGACUCAAGCACAGUUGUGUUUACAAAGCGCCUAAAGGCAGAACUGAAAAACCUUCUCCCAGAUACCCACCUACUGGUUCACUCAUGAGAUUGGACCUUAGCACUCUGAGCAUGCUGUAAGAAUGAAAGUAGUGCUACAUAUCUAUGGCCUCCUUCAGUUGGGAAGCGGCUAUUGAUCAUCUUAUGGAAAAGAGAUGAAUGCCUGGGCAUUAGCUGUGGUCGGAACGAUGUAGCCCACACAUCAGUUCCCCCCUCUCCACGCAGCUGAUGUAUUCAAAGGAACAGCAAUGCCAAUACAGUUUGGGGUCAGCGACGUUGCAGGCUGCCAGGGUGUAGCUCUGGGUGCUGCAAACUGCCUUAGGGUCACCAGCUCCUGAUUUUUCCUCAGGAUUGACUAAAGAAGCCUUUCCCAUGAUUGGGUAUAGCAGCAAGGCAACAGAGGUUUGAAUUCAGAGUUUUCCUUCUCCUAGGUGGGUAGCCAGCCAUGGCUAACGAGUCCCUCCUGCGCUAUGUAAAAGCUAUAAUAAUAAUAGUAGUUUACAGGAGUACUUUAAAGAAUACAAAAAUAAAUAUCUUUGUGUCUAUUAGUGGAAGAGAAAGAAGUUGUUUGGGGGUCCUCCUCAUAGAGCAAGGCAGUUAUUUAGUAGUACUAUGAAGGCAUUCCUCAUGGUCACUGUCUUUGGCUAUUAAAAGGGAUCAAAAGCCCAGAGGUCAACACUUUGGAUAAUAAUCUCGUACAUUGAAAAAAAAAUUCAUACAGAAUGGGGAGUAAAGAGUUCCUGGUUCAUGCCUGUCCACUGAUAGAAAUCCUCCUUUGUGGUCAGAGGGCUCCGGAGGGACACUCCAGCUCUUAAUGAGCAUCAUUUGAGAUUGUUGUCUAGUUCUUCAAAAUUACUUCGCUAAGAAGGAAGAUUAGGCUGAGUAACCCUUGUUUAGUGUUAGUCUUACUUUAGUAGUAUCCAUAUAGUUUGGUUAACCUCAAAACACGUGUGUUAGUUCAGCCUCAAAACUUCAGAAUUGUAAUUCCAUUUUGUAUGCACUCGUUGUAAAACAGCUCAGCACUUUCAGGGUUAAAGUUAUUAAAGUGACAGUAUUCUGAGAAUAAAAUUGUGUGUAAGUAAUUUAGAUAAUAUCUUCCUCCCAGGUGUGGAAGAUCUGUUGCUUCUAGUAUGUUUAUACUGGGGCACAUAUCAUAAUGAGGAUCACAGAAACUGUUCUGCUGUUGUUGUUUUUAUAUUAUUAUUUUUUUAAAUGUGAAUGCAUUUAGGCCUUCAAUGCUGUUAAAAGAUGCAAUAUUGUUCACUACUUACCUCCCUUGGUUUCUGGCCAGUAGAAUAUUUGGUGCUAUUUAUGUCAAACUAAGGUCUUAUUUAUUUAUUUUUUAUGUUUCAAUAGUUGGAUCAUCUGUUGUGUUUGCUUAUUAGUAUGAUUCUUUAUGUCAUAAUAUAUUUCCAUGACAUUUUGUUUUAUUUGAUGCUUUGAUGUUUACACAUUGUCUUCAUUCAGUUGCACUGAAUUUCUACUUUUCAGAGAGUUAGGCCUUUAUGCAGGCUUGGAUUUAUACAGUAGACAAUUUUAGGCCUUACUUAUCCAUUUACCAAUCCUUCUAUUUCUAACACAUUAUUAGCAUUAAGAAUGUCAUUAGUAUGCUAAUUAUUAAGUCAAUUAACUUUGACAAACAGAUAGUUAUUUUUUUUUAUUGAAGUUUUUCUUAAAACCCUAAAAAUUAAAGUUGUCCCCCUUUUUUUCUGCUCAUGUUCAAGAAUAAUAUUUUAAAUAGUUACAAUGAGGUCAACAAAUAUUAUUUCUAUGAAAUGAUUUGACUUGUAGCUGUACUUAGUGUCCCUUAGAGCUUCCUAGAUCUAGUAGGAUUUCUUUCUUUCUCCAUAAUAGAAAAAUGUUAUUGAUCAAGCUUAAUAUUCUGAUUUUCUUUGAUUCUAGCUGUUUUAGUGAUGCUUUGUUUUCUAAAAAUGUAAGCAGUUUGUCAACUAUGUCUUGAAUGUUCAACGCUUGUCAAGCUGCAUCUAUAAGACUGAACUUGUUAGUUUAAUUCUUGCAUUCUGAACUUCUCUGUAAGUAUAGCUGACACCAGAAGUCUUAAAGUGGAACAUUACUUUCAGAUUUUAAGGUCAUCUAUAUAGGUCAGUGCAUUUAUAACCAAAUGCUGAAUCUUAUCCAGAUUUUCACAUAUCAAAUUUCCUGACAUGACAUGACCAAGCCAAUAAAGCUGGCUGAGUAGUCAAGAGCUUGGCUGCCCAUGAGGAAUUCACCAGUCUGAAUCUUGCUGAAAGGCACAAUUUGAUUUUUAGAUGUCCCAGAGUCCAGCCAGGUCUAACGGGUACAUAUUAUUUGUUCAGGAAAAUAAGGGUAUUUUGUCAUUGUGCCGGUCACAUGUAUUGCUUGAUCUUAAAAGGAAAAACAUUUUGUGUAAAUAUAUUGUUUAACAAGUUGUAAAGUGAACAGUUUCAAAAUCCAAAAUUGUAUUAUUUAUGUCAAAUCUUUUUGUAUAAUUGGCAUUUUUUUGGUUCUUUUUCACCUUCCAGGCCCCAUCAUCUACAACAACAAAAAAAAAAAGCUGCUGCUUCUCUAGCUUAAGAAAAUUCAGACCUGCCAGUUAGAAUGAUUCCAAAUUGACUCUUUAUUCAUUGAUCUCAUUUGGCUCACAAAUCCACUUAUUAUUUGCUUAGUUCAUUUUUUUGUUAUCACCUUUGAAAACCAAUGAAGACAAUUGAAGAUUAGAGAAAUUUAAAAGGGAUUUGGGGCUAUGAGUAAAUGGAGAUGAAACGUUGUUGGUCAGGUUAGAAGUAUUUAUUGACAUUUUUAUUUUUACUUCUUUUCAUUUAAUCCUGAGACUAGAAUGCAACUGCUUAUGUAUUCAAAUGUAAAUAAGUGAUAUGAAAGGAUAGUUUCCUUCUGCAUUGUUUGCUUGAUACUAUAUGUCAAACAUUUUAUAGAGUGUGUGAAUCAAAAACAAUUUUUGUGAACAAAUUUUCAUGACAUACUAUGGCAAUUAAAAACAUAUUGUAAUUGUUUU